GUGGAAUAAUGAAGAUUGAUACCGAGGAGCAGGUGGCCGACCUCAUUUCCAAACUAGAAGAGGCUACAAAGCUAAAGAAGAAUGGCCGUUGUCUUAAAUCUACGCAUUCAUUACCCAUAGCACAUGAACCAGUGCAGAGUUGGAAAUUUAACGAAUGGGACUAUGGUAAAGAGCAGAAAAUCCAGCUUCCUUGUAAAGCUAGAGGCUUAUUCACCAUUGGUAACAGAAUAGUUGUUCGUGGGUAUGAUAAGUUUUUCAAUGUGAACGAAAUACCAGCCACUAAAACUCAGUCAUUGAAGUCAAAGACUCAACCGUCUUACGAUUUAUCUUUGAAAGAAAAUGGUUGCAUUAUAUUUAUAUCAGGUUUGGCCAAUGGGGAGCUUAUUGUUUGCUCUAAACACUCGGUUGGGGCUAGGGAUGAUUUGACUAGAAAUCAUGCAGUUCAAGGGGAACUUGAAAUCAAUAAACAGUUAAAACGUCUAGGUAAAUCAACAAAAGACUUGGCCAUUCAACUUUAUGAAUUAAACUUAACGGCAGUGGCAGAACUCUGCGAUGACGACUUCGAAGAACACGUGUUGGAGUAUUCAAAGGAAAACUCUGGGUUGUAUUUGCACGGCUUAAAUUAUAAUACUAUUAAAUUUCAAACCUGUCCAAUUCCCGAAGUAAAUGAUUUUGCAAACAAUUGGGGGUUCAAGAAGAUUGAUUCAUUUCAAAUAUCGGGUUGGGAUAAACUUUGGGACUUUUUAAAUCAAUGUGCUAUAAGUGGAACAUAUCAGAAUAGAGAAAUUGAAGGUUUUGUUAUUAGAACAAAACUCAAUGGUACUAAUGAUGAUUUCUUUUUCAAGUUUAAAUUCGAAGAACCAUACUUGUUGUAUCGUCAAUUUAGAGAAGUUACCAAAAAAUAUAUAAGAGAUGCCAAUAUCCUUAAAAUAAUCCAAGGUAUAAAGAAGCAUAAAUUUAUUACAUUGAAAUACCUUGAGUUUAUUCGUGAUUACUUUAACAAAUACCCUGAAUUGAAAGACGAUUAUUUGAAAGGUUUUGGGAUUAUUAAGAUGCGUAAACUAUUUUUGAAAGAGAAUAACUUGAGUGAAACAAGUGGGAUGGAUUUGAUUGGCAUCGAUGAAAAACAGUCUCAAAAUGUUGAUGAGACUAAAAAGUUGGAAGAAAAAUUGGCAAGCUUAUCACUCAAUUCAAUAAAGACCUACAAAUACAUACUAAUCCCAAUUGCAACUAUUGGAUGUGGUAAAACUACCACAUUUCAAACAUUAACAAACUGUUUCCCUCAUUGGAAGCAUGUUCAGAAUGAUAAUAUAGGUAGUGGGAAACAAGCUAAAAUUCAAUUAGUUGAUCAAACUUUAACUUAUUUAGAGGAUAAAGAUUGUAAGUUGGUCUUUUGCGAUCGUAAUAAUCAUCAGUUUAGAGAACGUGAUCAAUUACUAAAAGAUUUUGAUAAGCACAGAAUUAAUCAUUUGUCUUCUGACAUUGGUUUGAAAUAUGUGGCUAUCAAUUUUAUCAAAAAAGAUUUAACCGAAGACCAAUUAUGGAAUAUUACUUAUGACAGAAUAGUCAAAAGAGGCGAUAAUCACCAAUCAAUCAAAUCUUCAACUGAUUCGAAAUUAGCUCAACUGAUUAUGAAGGGCUUCAUUAAAAGAUUACAACCGUUAAAUACAGAAAGACAUCCUGACUGUGAGUUUGACUUGGUGAUUGACAUGGAUAUUGAUGACAAUUCGUCUAAGUCAAAUGCUACCAAAAUAUUAAAUAAACUAAGUAGCGAAUUUCCGGAUUUAUUCGAUAAACAAAAUUUACCUUCAUCAGAUAAAAUAGAUGAAGCUUUCCAAAAAGCCUUGGAGUACAAACCGGUGUUCACCAAAACCUUUGGUAGGUCGUCUGCCCAAGCGAGUUCUAAGAAAACAGACUCAAAUCAAAAGAAGAAAAAAAAAUCAAUAGCGUAUUACGGAAUAGGAAUUAACGAUACCCAAAAGUUCAAACAUUUAAUUAAUGAUAAAUUGGUCAAUAAUGAAACUUGGAUCCAAUUAUGCAAACAAGAUAGGCUUCAGCCAAAUUAUCAUGUUACAUUAUCACACAUAUUGUCAGUUAAGGAUGACGAGAAGCUAAAAAUAAAAUGGGAUCAAUUAACUGAUCAACUACAAAUCAAAUCAGAUCAACUUAAUGAUGAAUGUGACGCUGUCCCAGUAAAAUUCUUUGGAGAUAUCGGAUUGAAAAGAAUAGUUGUAGUUUCAAAUAAAUUGGUUACAGUUGAAGCCGAAUUAGUCAGGUCAUUAAACGGGAAUUUCGAAGAACUUGACCAAUUUCCCUAUACCAACAAAUAUCUUCAUGUUACAUUAGGUACGACAGAACCGGAAAUAAAACCAUUCUUAUCCAACGUUUAUAUUGAAGAAUUACACAACUCGCUUAGCAAGGAAAGUAUCGAGGACGGAAUAUAUACGGUAAAAGAGGAUACAGUUGAGGUUAUAAACUUCAAUACAAUUCUAGAAAAACAGCAAUGCUUCUAUCAUUUCUAA